AUGGCUGACAACAUGGAUCUGGAUCAUUCUGAUCAGCGUGGAACUAAGCGCGCCGCGGAGGAGGCAGAGGUCUCUGAACUGUCCAGGCCUAAGAGAAUCAAGGCCCUUGAUCCCGAUGUCGUCAACAAGAUCGCCGCCGGAGAGAUCAUUGUUGCUCCAAUGCACGCUUUAAAGGAACUAAUCGAAAACGCUGUCGACGCAGGUUCUACCUCGAUCGAGGUUCUGAUCAAGGAUGGAGGAUUGAAGCUGCUACAAAUUACGGAUAACGGGCAUGGAAUCGAUCGCGAUGACCUUCCCAUUCUUUGUGAACGAUUCACCACGUCUAAACUUAAGGAGUUCGAGGAUCUCUCUUCCAUCGGCACAUAUGGAUUUCGUGGCGAGGCCUUGGCCAGUAUCAGUCAUAUCGCUCAUUUGACGGUGACAACUAAGACGGCUGGGUCUAGCUGUGCCUGGCGGGCACAUUACGGUGAUGGCAAAUUGGUUCCAGCAAAGCCAGGACAAAGUGCCGCCCCCAAGGCGACAGCUGAUUUGUUCUACAAUGUUCCUACUCGCCGCCGCGCGUUCCGCUCUGCAAGCGAAGAGUACGCUAAAAUCCUCGACGUUGUUGGUCGAUAUGCAGUACACUGUUCCGGCGUCGCCUUCUCAUGUCGCAAGCAUGGAGACUCAGGAGUGAGUAUCUCAACUCCUUCUGCUGCCAGCAUUGUCGACCGCAUUCGCCAAAUCCACGGUAGUGCCGUGGCAAACGAAGUGGUCGAAUUUGAAGCUUCAGACAACAAGCUUGGCUUCCGUGCCUCGGGCUUAGUUACCAACGCAAACUAUCAUGUCAAGAAAACCGUUGUCCUCCUCUUCAUUAAUCACCGUGCCGUGGAAUCAACCGCCAUCAAACGUGCCGUGGAACAGACAUACUCCGCGUUCUUGCCCAAAGGUGGUCACCCUUUCGCGUACAUUGAUCUGGAAAUCGAGCCUCAUCGCGUUGACGUUAAUGUUCAUCCGACUAAGCGCGAAGUUAAUUUCUUGAACGAAGAUGAGAUCAUCGAGAUGGUCUGCAAUGAAAUCAGAUCUAAACUUGCCGAAGUGGACUCCAGUCGAACAUUCCUCACGCAGAGUCUUUUGCCUGGUGUUCAGACUAUUGAUACCAUCCAGCUCGAUCAGGGCUCUGUCAAAGAAGGUGGACCGGAUGGAAAGACAGCAAGCACACCAAAAACACCGGCCUCGACCAAAAGACCAUACGAAAACAGCCUCGUUCGGACAGACUCCAAAGUCCGCAAAAUCACCUCUAUGCUUGCACCAUCUCCUGCACAACCCGACACGCCUACCACCCCGGGCAAUCAGCCAUCAUCUAUACUGGAUGACAGUCUUCAAUACGAAACCACAGACCGCCAACCCCUCCGUAUCGCCCUCACAUCCGUCAAGAACCUCCGUAGCGCAGUGCGCGCUACCAUGCACAACACAUUAACGGAGAUGUUCGCAUCACUCACCUAUGUCGGCCUUGUGGAUGAACGACGACGCCUAGCAGCCAUCCAAUCCGGAGUGAAACUCUACCUAGUCGACUACGGUCUCGCCUGCAACGAGUUCUUCUACCAAAUCGGGCUAACAGACUUUGGAAACUUCGGUGUUAUCAGGCUGGACCCUCCGCCAAAGCUAGUGGAUAUACUGAAGAUUGCCGCCGAGGCAGAGCAGCAAGAACACCGCAGCAAUGACCCAGACGCAGAAACCAUCUUCGCCAACGCCGCAGAAAUGGUAGCCCAGACCCUCAUCGAGCGGCGUGAAAUGCUGGACGAAUACUUUUCAUUUAAAGUCAGCCCAGAAGGCGACCUUCUCACAAUCCCCCUCCUGUUAAAGGGGUACGUCCCUUCAUUAGCAAAACUUCCUCGCUUUCUACUCAGACUCGGUCCCUACGUGGACUGGUCCGGUGAAGAAGAAUGCUUCAGCAGCUUUCUCCGUGAACUAGCCGCUUUCUACACCCCAGAACAGCUCCCAGUCUCGCCAUCCAAAGAGGCAUCCAACCCAGAAGAAGCAAAUACCCGAGAAGACCCAAUGAUCACUACCCGGCGCGCGCAAAUGACCCGAAUGCUGGAACACGCGGUAUUCCCUGCACUCCGCAGCCGGCUAGUGGCAACGUCGCGAAUGCUCAAGGGCGUGGUGGAAGUUGCCGACCUUAAAGGUCUCUACAGGGUCUUUGAACGAUGCUAA